GUGAAUUAUAUUUAGAGCCAUACCACGCAAGACUUAAGCCCACCCACCAUUGGACUACUUACACGCCACUCAGUCGUAAAGCAACACCACUUUAGCAAUGGGCUUUAUAAUUCUCUACAGGGAGUGAGUGCUCUCAUCCUAGCUAACUGACAGUGAAAAAGGUUUUUUACAGAGGUCCUAUUGGUGGAUACUUUUACAGGACACAUUUAUGGGGCGUAAGUAAGCAGAUUCAACAAGAGCUAAAAACUUGCCGAAACCAUUUGUAGAAAAGAUAGCUUAACAUUAGAAGUCUAGUGUCAUCACUAUCCAAGGACAUGGUCUUGCCGGGAACAGGAUUACCACGGUAUAGACUGUGAUGGAUAGCAACCUAAGUGGAGACGCCACCACUGGAUCUGCAAUUUCACUGGAGAUAAGCAUCAUGGGAAGGUUCCUGGUGUGGGUCUCUCUGUAGGACUGAGCCACUAUGGGGGACUGGAACUUGUUGGGCAAGCUGUUGGAGAGUGCCCAGGAGCACUCCACCGUAGUGGGAAAGGUCUGGCUGACCGUGCUCUUCAUCUUCAGGAUCCUGGUGUUGGGAGCUGCAGCUGAGAAGGUGUGGGGUGACGAGCAGUCUGGCUUCACCUGUGACACCAAGCAGCCUGGUUGUCAGAAUGUCUGCUAUGAUAAGACUUUCCCCAUCUCUCACAUCCGCUUCUGGGUGUUGCAGAUCAUCUUCGUGUCCACGCCCACUCUGAUCUACCUGGGCCACAUCCUGCACCUGGUGCGCAUGGAGGAGAAACAGAAGCAGAAGGAGAAAGACUUGGCUGCGCAGCUGGCCAUCCACAAUGACAAGCAGCAGCUGCUGCCUGACGCCAAACCCAAGAAGCCCCCAGUCCGGGACGAUCAGGGCCGCAUCCGCCUGCGAGGGGUCCUGCUGCGCACCUAUGUCUUCAACAUCAUCUUCAAGACCCUGUUUGAGGUGGGAUUUAUCGUAGCCCAGUACCUGCUCUAUGGGUUUGAGCUGAAGCCACUGUACACCUGUAACCGCUCACCCUGCCCCAACGUGGUGAACUGCUACAUCUCCAGGCCCACAGAAAAGACUAUCUUCAUCCUCUUCAUGCUGGCAGUGGCGUUCAUCUCGCUGCUACUGAACCUAGUCGAGAUGUAUCACCUGGGGUUCACCAAGUGCCGCCAGGGCCUCCGGUAUAGACGUGCCCAGUCCACAUUUGAGGCAGGGUACAAGGCCCCCAGCGAGGCAGUAGUGCCCUUUGUCCCGAACUAUAACUACUUCCCCAGGCACCAACCAGCCCCUGAGCCAUACCAUGCAGACGAGUACAUCUUGACUGAGCCUGACACUGCCUACCACCCCUACAGCAGCAAAGUGGCUUACAAGCAGAACAGAGAUAACCUGGCCGUAGAGAGGAACAGUAACCCAGAAGGGGGUGACACCACAGAAAAUAAAGGUUCCAGUUCUGCUCCAGGGUCGCCUGCAGAGAACCAACGGCGUCCGAGUCGAUCCAGCAAGCACAGCAAUAAUAAGACCAGACUAGACGAUCUAAAUAUCUGAAGGACAGUUAUGGCUUAUUUCCACCACAGGGUUUUAUACAGUGGCUUGGCCUACAGAUCUAAACUUUUGUGUUUCCACCUGAGGUGGCGGGAAAAAAAUAGUUGGGCCUUGGACCUAAUCUAACUUGGGGCCAGACUUGGGACCAGAGUGGGACUGUCAGAGAUGCAUUAAAGCUGGAAUUCUUAAUGGUGAAACUGCCAAGGCAGUUUGCAAUAUUACAACAAAGAAGUUACUGCAAACAAAAAAGUUUUUUCCCCUUCUGACAUCAUUGCACACAUGAUAGCACAUCAGCAUAUGUAUUGGAAUGUUUUGGACAAUUUCCCUAGUAUAAAACCAAGGUGUAUACACAACACAGGUAUCAGUCAAAAUGCAGCAUUAGCCUAUUUCCACACCCUGAACAUCACCCUGUACCAAAGUAGAGUAGAGGCUUAGGAUCAUUUUGUUUACUUGCUCGAGAUAAACAUUUUACUCCUGAAAACAGAACUUCUCCAACUGAAAAACAUCAGAUGUUUGAGGCAUUGACGCAAUGCUGUGUCCUAUGUGCAGUGCUGCAGAGGUGGGCUCAUGUUCUACUUUAGUUGUUACUGUACAGAGAAAUCCCGUGGCCAGCAGACAAGACGCAAGUACGGGGUAAAAUGUACUCCCUGGACAAGUGCCAUAUCUCUAUCUGUCUCGGGAGUCUGUAUGCAAAGAGGCUAAUCGAACUCCAAAGCUUCAUUAAUUAGUUAGGGCAUAAAAAUAGCAACAGUUGGGAGGUUUUCUCCCAUUAGCCAAACAUUUGCCACGUAGAGUAUAAUAUUUCAGUGUUCAAGGCAAGUUUUAUGAACCCUUAUUAUGCUGAUUAUUCUGACUGGGAAUAAUGACAAUGCAAAUGCUUG